AUGUGUAAACAUAUUCUUAACGUUCAAGUACAAAUUAGAGCUGUAUGUUGUAAAAAAUGGUUCGAUUGUCAUGAAUGCCACAGAGAGGUAUCAGAUCACGAAAUUUAUAAGAGCGAUGAAAUAGUAUUUGCAUGCAAAAAAUGUAAAAAGGUUUUUAGAAAAAAUCUCAAAGCUUUUGAGGAGGCCGAUGAAUACUGUCCACACUGUGACAAUCACUAUUAUCUUGAUGCUGUUCAACCUAAAGCUAAAGUAGUUUUCGAUUUGGAUGGUGAUGAAAGAACUAAAACUUUAUUCCACGACCCAAGACAACAAAGAAUGGAUAAAUCAAUGUAUGAUGGUCAAGUUUAUGAACAAUAA